GGCCUGGAAGUGCGGACAGCCAUACCCACUCACUCCAUGACCUUGCUUGCCUGACUGGAACCAUUCUUCGUCUUCCAUCUUGCUAGUCUGGCCGCCUACGACCUUCUGGUCGGUUUCCCUACCCGCCCCUCCUCCCCUCCCUCCUCCCUCGUUCUCUGCGCUGCUACCACCUCCUCCUCCUCCCCUCCUCUCCUCCCACUUCUGUUCUCUCCCUCCCACCUUUCUUGAUGACUACAUCCUCCUUCUGCCCUCCUCCCUCCCCUCAACACCUCCAAUUUCCUUCUUCGUCUACACGCUCUUCCGCCCUCUUCCUGGCGUCUGACCUUCUUCAGACCCUUUCCGCCUUUGCGAACCCGCCGCUUCAGUCGCGGUCUUCCGACCUUCCAUCUUCCCCGCUUCACAGUGGCCGGAGCGGUGCCCUCUCCGGCCCUUCCCUCGACAGCAUGGCUGAGAGCACUAUCCCCAGCGCCAACCAACCCCUCCGGGUUGGCACUAAAGACGACAAAACCGCCCCCUUUCAGAAGAUUUCAGAAGAUGAUGAGUACGAGGUGACGUCACCAACUGACUCGACUUUUCGGACCGCCAACGCAGCGCCUGCCUCCUCGUCAACAGGCAGCCACUUCUUCGGCGGCGGCGGCGGCGGUGGGUUUGGCGAUACCAGUGGCCCAAUUCGCUUCAACAGAAGCCCGUUCGACGACGGGUCCCGGGAGGAGGACGAGGAGGCCGACGACUUCCCCCCAGAGGAUAUCCGCCCGACGGGGGCUGCGAACCAAGGGUUCCCCAAUAACUACGCGCUCGGCCGCCGCACAUCGGUGUCGGCAGAGUCGCUGAAUCCCACCUCCGCGGGCUCGGACAGCUGGACCCCCCCGCACCACGCCAAAUCCGAGGAGCAGCUGGCUCGGCUGAAAACCGCAGUGAGCAGCAACUUUCUCUUCUCGCACCUCGACGACGACCAGUUCAAGACAGUGCUCGAUGCGCUGGUCGAGAAGCCCAUCCCCGCCAAGGACAUCAAGGUGAUCUGCCAGGGCGAUGCGGGCGACUACUUCUACAUUGUCGAAAAUGGUCACUUCGACGUGCUGAUCCACCCGUCGGGCUCCGUGCAACCGGGGGCUGAGGGCAUGGGCAACAAGGUCAACACGAUUGGACCCGGAGGCUCGUUUGGAGAGCUGGCUCUCAUGUACAAUGCGCCCCGUGCCGCGACCGUGGUGUCUGUGGACCCGAAGAGCACGCUCUGGGCCCUGGACCGCAUCACCUUCCGCCGGAUCCUCAUGGACUCGGCGUUCCAGCGCCGUCGCAUGUACGAGGCGUUCCUGGAGGAGGUGCCGCUGCUCUCCAGCCUGAAGCCCUAUGAGCGCGCAAAGAUCGCCGAUGCGCUGGACGCCAUCAAAUACCCGGCUGGCUCGACGAUCAUCUCCGAGGGCGACCCCGGCGACGCAUUCUACCUCCUGGAGUCCGGCGAGGCUGACGCGUUCAAGAAGGACGUGGAGGGGCCCGUCAAGUUCUACAAGCGGGGCGACUACUUCGGCGAGCUGGCUCUGUUGGAUGACAAGCCACGGGCCGCCAGCAUCGUUGCCAAGACGGAUGUCAAGGUAGCGAAGCUGGGCCGGGACGGCUUCAAGCGGUUACUGGGGCCCGUGGAAGACAUCAUGCGACGGGCGGAGUAUGAAUCGAAACCCACCUCGUCUGGCGGCGAGGCAUAAGCGGCAUGAGGACGUGGGAUUUACGACGGGGCCUCGGCGAAAAGGAGUGGUAUUUGCGUGGGUUGGAGUGGUGCGAUUACUCAUUUUAUUUCUUGUGUCAUUUGUUUUACUCUCUCUCUCUAUCUCUCUCUCUCUCUGUGUGUGUGUGUGUAUGUAUCUGGUUGGACGGGCCAGCCAAGGGAGGCUGGGAGCCUGUUUAAACGUGUGGAGAUCUGCGGGAAGAUGGGGUUGAAAAAAAAGCACCCCGUUCAUCGGCGGCGAAACAUUGGUCUACUGUCAUCGGCAUCAUGGGGUUGUCUGGACUGUUCAUACACGGGAUAAUGUGUUCUGUUGAUUCUAGCUGGAAUAUAGCCACGCCCUCACAUCUCCACCCAAUAACGAUAAACUCCCAACUGUGCUGUUGAUUUGAAGUGUUUCUAUAUUUAGUUGUGAGGGUACAUAUGUUCUCCAUGUCAAUUCAUA